AUGGCGACACUAUCCGGCGUAGAGCGCAUCCGCGCGAUAUCAGACGAGGACGGCAUGUUCAAGGCCUUCGACUCGUAUCCCUGGAAGAAGGAUAAGAUGUUCCUGUCCGGCCUGGCCGCGAUCCUAGGCGACCCAAACACAGAAAACCCCAGGGGGACGCCCUCCGAACUCGCGACGCACGCCCGCAUCUUCUACUACGCCUCGCGCAUCGGCGUGACCAUCGAUUUCAACAAGUACAAAGACUGGCUCGCCCGACACCCGGAACACACGCCACCCGACAUCCUCCCCGAAGAAUACAAGUCUCAGACCUCAGAAGGCACUGCCGCCGCCGCCGCCGCUGCAUCGACAAGCGACAUUCCGGAUCUGACUUCGAAGCUCAACGACCUCAAGACCGACUCCGAUGACAAAGAGGAAGCCGGCCCAGAAGACAGCAAACUGUCAUGGCAAGCGGCGGCGCCGAAAGCGGACCUCUACGUAGAGCGCAAAGCUCCUUCGCAACUCGACGGCUCAGGACAAGGGGACGAGCCAGCUUACCCCAUGGGUUUCGCGGAGAUGUUGCAGAUGUUGCAAAAGGGCAUUCCGAUCCCUGGAAUCAGACAAAUCCCAGACACGGUAGUCAGGGACGCGUCCGUGAAACCAUUCGGAAAGCGUGCGGUGCCCAAGAAGCCGUGGGAGAAGGACGACCCAGCUGCGGAAACAGAAGCAGCUGAGAAACCCUCAGUAGUUGACGCCGAGUUCCCACCACUUGAAGAGACAGUAGCAUCUGAGGCCGAAAAGCCGAGUAAGGAGACGUAG